CCUUGCAUCCUGCCCGGAAGUACAUUAAAGUAACCUAUUUAAAUAUUACAGCUUCAACAUCAGAUAAUCAUCAGCACCCCAAAAGGUGGCAUCCUGUCUGUGUUCCCUCUCACCCUGUAUAUGGUGGUUAUUAUGGGAGCAAUGCCUGGCAGGUUAAUGAACAUCUCUGAAAAAUGUCUCAACAAAUACUGAGGGCGCUGCAGCAGCCGCUCACAUCCGAGUUAUUAUUCAGUGGAUGUUGAUGUGCACCUGCCAGACUGCUGCCAGUCUCUGCCAGGACGGCGGCGAGACGGAGACACACCGAUAUCAAGUUUUAGAUUUAAUCCUCUGAUUCGUCUCGUAGAAACCCACGGAUAUUGUAAGAUGUCCGUUUUCCAAGGUGAAGCCGGUCACUUCAUGUAUUUCGCCUUUGGCAGUAACUUGUUGAAGGAGAGACUUCAGCUGGCAAACCCCUCUGCUGUGUUCUGCACCACCGGCAGACUGAAGGACUAUAAGUUGAACUUUGGCCUGUGGGAGAAACAUGUGGACAACGUUUGGCAUGGCGGAGUGGCCACCAUCGAGUCCUGUCCAGGGGCAGAAGUGUGGGGGGUAAUCUGGACUUUGAGCAACGACAACCUCCCGAGCCUCGACAACCAGGAAGGGGUGAAUCUGGGGAAGUACUCUCCAUUGGAGGUUUCAGUGGAGACUGACAAAGGACUCGUACUCUGCAGGUCUUACCAGAUGAACAAUUUCCAUGCCUGCCUCCCCUCUCCUCAGUACAAACAGGUGGUGUGUCUGGGUGCAGAGCAGAACGGACUCCCGGCGGAGUACUUGAGGAGGCUGGAGGCAAUCCAAACCAACAACUACAGUGGCCCCUCGAUCCUUGAUCAAAUCAGAACAGUCAUGAAGUAGAGUCAAAGUUCACAUUCUUGACUUUGGAAACGGCAGCCGACAACUACAAUUACUGCUUUCCAGCUGUUCGCUCCGCAAACCAGUCAAAUUGUACCUACAGUUUACAUACAUGUAUGUAAACACAUAGAUGGCUCACACACAUCUUCAACCAGGUAGCACAGAAGAUCUAUACAGUCGGCACAGAUUCAAGGUGGACACCCAAGAUUAAAGUCACCGCAUCUGACCAAAUGUUUCCCCGAUGACGCUGAGAAGUGUUUUAUGCAGAAUGUUAUGAUGUCACAGUGAAGCUGACCUUUGACCUUUUGGACAUAAAAUAUCAUCACUUCAUUAUUUUAUCCUAUCAGACAUUUGUGUGAAAUUAUGUCAUAAUUAGCAAAUGAAUUCUUGAGUUAUGACCUAAAACAUAUAUUGUGAGGUCACACUGACCUUGACCUUCGACCACAAAAUUCUCAUCAGUUUACUCUUCAUCCAAGUUGACGUUUGUGUCAAAUUUAAAGAAAUUUCCUUCAGAUGUUCUUGACAUAUCGAGUUUACGAGAAUGAGACAGAUUCAAAAUCACAUUGACCUUUGAUCACCGAAGUCCAGUCAGUUCAUUGCUGAGUCCAAGUGAACGUUUGUGCCAAAUUUCAAGAAAUUCCCUCAAGACGUUCUUAAGAUACUGCUUUCACAAGAAUGGGAUGGAUGGACGGACGGACAACGUGACAUCAUAAUGCCUCAGGCCACAGCAAUCGCUGAUGUGGAGGCAUAAAACCAACCUCACUGCAAGGUCCAAUUAUUAGCUAUAAUUCUGAGAACACAAAGAGCAGAGUAGAAAACAAAACAGAGUGCAGGAUAGCUAUUUGAGGGAAACUUGUGUGUUUUUGACCCUGGAUCUUAUUUUACCAUGUUUAUGUGUCUAAGUGACUAAUGGAGACAACAGUCUUUAAAACUGGUCCACUACUGAGCACUGGUGAGGCAGGCUUCAAUAUAAUACCUAUGGGAAACUGUGCACUGUCACUUUAAGUCCAUUAAAAGUGCUUGUUUUUGCCACUGACAGGCUCAGAUUUUUAUUAAAGUGUCUGACAACAUUAUGGAAAGGAUCCUACAUAAAAGUGAAACAAGUUUAUUUAUUUUUUUUUUUUUUACUUUUGCUGAUCUGGCCUAUUUGUCACGCUCAAAGAGAGACCCCGUCUCACCAUGAAACUUCACAAACUGUCUCUUUAGGGUCCUCUCUAUAAUGUUGUAAACACUUCUAGUAACAAUCUGAGCCUGUUAGUGGCAAAACUACUUUUGAUGGACGUAAUGCAGACAUUUUGACAAGUCAUAGUAGGAAAACCACAGGUGUAUUUACAAGUCAAACUGUCUGCUGUGAAAAAGGACAUUGCCUGUAGGGUUUACAUUAGACCCUAGUCUCGCCACCAGACAAUCAGAGAUCUACGUCUUGUGAUUUAGUUAAGCAAAGCGUCUAAAGACUGACUUGUGAGUCUAAUUAGAUCUGUUCCCUGCUUCGGCUGUUCCCAUUAUUGACUUUGAUAUAAAGCCAUGGGAAAAUAGGGCCCGGGUUUAAAAAUACCUUUGUAUCUCUUGAAGUUUAUUAAUUCACUUACAAGCAGUUUCUGGAGCUUUCCACCUCAUCUCACAGCCUUCAUUAUUACCGUAAUGUAAGUAGUAAUAGUAUAAUGAUACUUAUUAAAUCAUAAUGUGUCAUGUAAUGGUGAUGAAGACUGUGAGAUUCAGUCUUCUGAGCUCGUAACUGGACCUUGAGUUGAGUUUCUCUUUGUCAAACAGCUACCAGUAUUUCUAAAUUCAAAGCUUUUAAGACCCAGUUAUGAAAUUGAACCAACUCCAUCGUGUGGCCAGAAGUUGGUACUGCAUGCACUUCAUGAGACAUUUGUCUGGGCCCAACACAUGCCCUCUCAUCUUGAGCUUGUGAGCUGCUAGGGGACUAUUAUUUUAUUUUAGAGCCACCACAAUGGAAGACUGAAUUGUAUGUGAAGAGCAGAACAUUGUUUGAUUUCAGUUUUUCUCAGGGGAAUAUUAAACAUUGAUGAAACACCCUCAAGACUUCACUCUCGUCAGCAUUUAUUCUGACUUUAAACCAAUGUGUUCUGUUCCUGCUGAUAAACCAAUAAUCAUACUUGGGGUACUUUAACAAAGAUUUUAAAUUAUAGGUUUUAUUAAGAAAUAAAAAUAAAAAUCGCUGAUCAUUUACGUAAAAGGAAACCACUUUAUUUGUUACAACACAGUGGCCUUGGACAGAAUGAUAAUUAGUACCUCUCCCAACAUUUGAUCCUCUAGGAAUUAUAGAAAAUACAAGUGUUGUACAAAAAAAAACAGCUGUCAGGAGAACAGAAGAUAUAUGGUGAACACCCAAUAACUUGUUUUAUAUUUUGUCAAAUCUCUAGGUAAAUGUCCAAAAGUCUAUGCAAAUAUGUAGACUUCACAAUGGCACAAAUCAUAAUUUCAUCUGACGUCAAAACAAAGGCUCAUGCAAGCAUGGUCGGAGAUGUAUGAAAACCAAGAGUCCAUUGAGAAUUCAGCAACCUUACAACUCAAACAUUUGUACAUUCUUAAGAAUUUGGCUUGAAGCGGAAAGAUGUACGUUAACCUUCUGCAGGAGUUGAUGAGCAUUAAAACAUUUUACCGUUAACCGAUUUAAAUGUAGGGAGGGGAGGAGUGGUGUGAACAAUCUGAAAGGUAGAAAAAAACAAAGCAAAAUAACAAAGCUGUGAACAUGACACAAAUAGGUCCAAAUAUGUAAAAAACAAA